GCGUGGGUCCUGCCUGUUGCGUCGGGUAUAAACCUCGCUUGCUAGCUGUUUACCUUCAGUUCUCCAAGGCGCAGCAUCAAGAUGAGCUCUUUGUCUAGCUCGGCUGUGGUCUUGGGUUACUGGGAUAUUCGCGGGCUGGCGCACGCCAUCCGCAUGCUGCUGGAGUUCACGGAUACGUCGUAUGAGGAGAAGCGGUACACGUGUGGGGAAGCUCCUGACUAUGAUCGAAGCCAGUGGCUGGAUGUGAAAUUCAAGCUCGACCUGGACUUUCCUAAUCUGCCCUACCUCCUGGAUGGGAAGAACAAGAUCACCCAGAGCAAUGCCAUCUUGCGCUACAUCGCUCGCAAGCACAACAUGUGUGGUGAGACAGAAGAAGAGAAGAUUCGAGUGGACAUUAUAGAGAACCAAGUAAUGGAUUUCCGCAUGCAGCUUGCACGGAUCUGCUACAGCCCUGAGCAUGAAAAGUUGAAGCCUCAGUACUUAGAACAGCUACCUGGACAACUGAAACAAUUCUCCUUGUUCUUGGGGAAAUUCUCCUGGUUUGCAGGGGAGAAGCUCACCUUUGUGGACUUUCUCACCUAUGAUGUCUUAGAUCAGAACCGCAUGUUUGAGCCCAAGUGCCUGGAUGAGUUCCCAAAUCUGAAGGCUUUCAUGUGCCGUUUUGAGGCUUUGGAGAAAAUAGCUGCAUACAUGCAGUCUGACCGCUUCUUCAAGAUGCCCAUCAACAACAAGAUGGCGCAGUGGGGCAACAAGAGGAUAUGCUGAGCGGGAGGCAGAGUCACACUGCUUGUCUUGUUCCAUCUUGUCCCUAGGGGGCCUUGUUCUGUCUUCUCUAUGCUUUUCAAUAAAUAGCACUUUGGCUGUU